AAGCUGUUACUGCACUACAUGACAGUACUUCUCAGGAGCAGGUUGAAUUCAUUUACUCUUAGGGGAAACAGAAAUACUGCGUAAGAAAGCUCAUACAAGAGACCAUGGGGGAGCUGGAACUAUUGCAGUAGAGUUUCAGUUUCCUUACUCAGCCAAACAUUAUCAGUCCCACACCUUGUAUGUAGUGGCUUGCCAAAGCAAGAGAAUCCUCAGCUCAUGUAGGAUAAAAUUUAAGGAAGCAUGCAUGUAGUAAAACUUUUCUCUCUAAAUCUGUGGUUCAGACCACUGCUAAAAGACAUAUGACUGCUGUACAAUGCUUUCAGCUGCUCAGCUGUGACUAUGGUGUUCCAGCUAGAAUUAAGCAUUCUUCUGUGCAUUGCUAGUGUGCCUGUAGGACCACACCUACUCCAGAAGCUAGAAAAGUUGUUUUGGGGUACAUGGGAAGAUAAAAGCAGAGAAUGCAAGCCAGUGCUUUUUCCCAGAGAUUGUUGCAGCUUUCUUGCUCAUUCAUAUCAGCCUGCUAGUAUAAACUCAAGAGGUACAAAAAUAAGGUACAAGAGGAGGACUUCUUUAGACAUAAAUAAGUGCUAUGGAUUAAUUGCAAACACAGUACAUUGUUGUAUACUGUGCCCAGAAGAGCUUUUGUGAUCAUACUAUAAGAAAAACGGGCAGCUCUUGCCAAGAAAUCAGUUGUAGAGAUGGCUGAAUACAUGCAUGCAGUAUCUUUUAAGUAAAAACAAAACAAUAAAGCAUAUCUUUUUAUCAGGUUUGAUGCUGUUUGCUACAGUUACAGUGGGCAAUAAUGCUCUUUCAAAUUUUCCAGCACAAAGUCCUAAUCCAAGGAUAUUCUAACAAAGCGAGACAAAUGCUCUCUCAACACAAGAACAGCCUGGCAUUUCUGCAGUGAAAUAUGAAGCUAAGGCCAAAUACCAAGGUCAAGUUUUACAGGCAAAACUUUCAGAAACUCCGAUGGCUGGCUGUGUGAAUGAAGACAUCACACUUUGGCCUGUGACUGGUAUCACGUGUGGAAAGCAUUUUUCUUCUAGAAAAACAAAGCAAUCUGAACUGCAUAGUUCCGGCAAACUGUUUUCGCACUUGCAUUAAUCUUUUUGAGCUGCAGUUUCCUUAUGGAUAUUUCAGGCAAUUUUAAAUGGACACCACCUCUAAGGAGUCUAGCACUGAAGCCACUAUUAUCUUUGGCACUAUGAGGAAGGAAUGUAAGAUUUGUCUACUAGCUUUAAUAAAAUGUGAAGAUAUUCUUGGUUCAGGUUCAAAAAAUGACAUAUCCAUUUGGCAAAUAAGAAACAUUAUCUCAAAGUUACUUUGCCUUCUUGCUCUACACCUCUAUACAGUACGUUCCACAUUCUUUUUCUUGCCCAAAGAAUUUUAAGGACAAGUCUCUCCAGAUGGCUGCCCUCUUCUGGACAGAAUUAGAAAAUGUUUGAUUAUUUCCACAUCGAUAAAGUGCAGUGGGCUGGGUUUCUGUGGAUGACAAUCUAAUUCUUUUUCCUCAUGUUUCUGUGUAAUCACAAAGGUUACACUUUGCUAGAAUGAGAUCUAUGAAAUCCAGGUGGCUGCUUCACAGUUCUCCAGUUCUCAAUGUAGUUAGCCAACUGUCUAUUGCUUUUUUUUUUUUUUUGUCUUAUGCACUUUUUCACUUUUGCAUUUCUUCUCUAUAUUUAUCAAUGAUAAAUUAAUUUUAAUAAACGCACUGUUGUUUCAUCACAAGGGCUUAAUCCUCCUUCACAAAAAUAAUGGAAAACAUUUCCAUAUUUCUUUGCUGCUUAAGGUAAACAUGUUAAACAGAACAUUAUGGCUGGAAGGGGUUUUCUGUCAUCUUUUUCCUCUGCCCUAAGUCAGGAUCAAAUAUUUCUUUGCUACUCUUGAUCGGUGUUUGGCUGACCUCUGUUAAAGGCUGCUGGUAACGAGGACUGCACAAUUUUUGCAGACAACCCAGUCCACUGCUACACCAGUUAACUAUUAGUGUUCCUUUAGGAACACUAUAGACUGAUGACAGGAGUAAAGGGCUCUAGAGAUCAAUUUCAAAAGAGCCUAUUCAUCAGGGAGCCCAAAGUUUCUUUAAAUUGAGUGCAAGGAUUAAGAUGUAAAGUAGAAAUGCUGAUGACAAAAAAUCCCUGAAAGAGUUUCAGGGAUUGGAAUCAGGAAGUUAGAGGCUUUUCUCUGUAUUAUGUAUGCGUAGUCAUACAACCAGUGCAUGCUUUGAAACUUUCACUGCACAUCUGUGCAUCACUGCAUGGACUAGGCACCAAGCCAACGGCUGAAUUCCUACGAGUCCGUGCAGCUCCCACACGUUUACAGCACUAGGACCCAGAGGGAGCUUCAUUUCUGUGAGUCAGUGCAGCUAGCUGAGUCCUGAGAGCACUGAAUGAGGCUGGAAAGACAGAGGGAAUGUGAAUGGCUCUUCUGGCUUGGGAAAGUGUCCACGGACCAGGGUGCUGCAGACUACAAAACAGCUUGGACAACUCUCCAGAUUCCCUGUUCCUCCGGUGUCGAGUGAUACAGCUCUAAGUGGAACGCAGAGUAAGCAACUCCCAGACUCAGCUACGCUGCCAAACUGGCCCGAUGGCAUGUUGCAGCCAAGCCCAGCUCAGCAUCUGGAUGAAAUAAAGACCUUUCUGGGGAGCAGUUUUUUGUGCAGUAUACUCAGAGGCAGCCUGAACUUGGACAAAUCCCAUCUGCCCUUGUGACAUGUGAUGUCUGAGCUCUUCUGGGAAGGAGCCUGGGCUUUAUCUGCCCAAAAUCAGCAAUGUGGUGCGUCCUGAAAGGGCAGAUGGGAUAGAUGGAGGCUGCUGGAGGCUGCUGAGCCAGCCAGAGUGCUGGGGCAUGUCCACAUGGCAGGCAGCUCCAAAGUCAGAAGACAAUGCUCCACUGGAGUAUCCUGCAGAACACUCCCUACCCAAAUCCCACCAGAGUAACGGACACCACAUUUCCAAGGCAGCUCCACAGACAACCCACAGCCACUCUACUUGGACGAUAGGUAGAAGAGAAGGUAUAAAUAUUACCAUGGACCCAAAUUUAUUUAAGAAGAAGCGUUUCCGGUCUCCUCGGGUCCUGUUCAGCACACGGCCCCCUCCAGUGUCAGGGCAAGGACAGAAUAUGGGACAGCUCAGCAGUGCAGUCUCUCUCAACAGGACUGCCAGGACCAAGAGGACAGCGCAUCCUGUAUUGCACCGGGGAGAGUUCUCAGUGUGUGACAGUGUCAGCAUGUGGGUUGGGGACAAAACCACAGCCACUGACAUCAAAGGCAAAGAGGUGACAGUGUUGGGAGAGGUCAACAUUAACAACAACAUUUUUAAACAGUACUUUUUUGAGACCAAGUGCAGGGACCCUAAGCCAGUCUCCAGUGGGUGCCGAGGGAUUGAUGCGAAGCACUGGAACUCUUACUGCACCACAACACACACCUUUGUCAAAGCACUGACAAUGGAGGGCAAGCAAGCAGCCUGGCGGUUUAUUCGAAUUGACACAGCCUGCGUGUGUGUGCUUAGCAGGAAGUCAGGGAGACCCUGAGAUGGAGCUAAACCCCACAACAACAUCCUCCUACCCCCCUACCUCAGCUUGUAAAUUAUUUUAAGUUAUAAAAGGACUGCAUGGUGUAUUUAUAGUUUAUACAGUACAGAAAGAACUUCAUUAUUUAUUAAACUCUCUUGGAAACCU